AUUCUGGCAUCUUUUCAACUUUUUAAUAUAGUAUUUUUAACGGCUAAAAUAUUUAAUCAAAGUUUAAAUAGAUGAAUAUUUUUUUUUAAUUUAAUAAUAAUAAUACUUAUUUCAGCUAUUUGGUGACGUGAUGUAGUGCGAGAACCAACAUUUGAAAGGCGACAUACUAAAGAAGUUUUAAAAGGGUUAAAAAUUGGUAUAAUAUUAUUUAUUACAUCGGAAGUUUUUUUUUUUUUAUCCUUUUUCUGAGCAUUUUUUCAUUCUUCAUUAUCACCAGAUAUUUUUAUUGGACAAAAGUGACCCUGUAAAGGAAUUAAAAGAUUUAAUCCUAUAUCCAUUCCUCUUAUAAACACUCUAAUCUUAUUAAGUUCAGGGGUUACAUUAACAGUUUCACAUCACUUUAUAAUAUUAGGUCAAAAAAAAAAAUCAACACAAUUUUUAAUCUUAACAGUUGUUUUGGGAAUUUACUUUUCUGUCCUUCAAUAUGUAGAAUAUUUAGAGGCGUCAUUUUCAAUUGCUGAUUCAGUUUAUGGUUCCUGCUUUUUCAUAGCUACCGGAUUUCACGGGAUUCACGUUUUAAUCGGAACAGUGUUUUUGAGUAUUUGUUUAAUUCGAAAUAUUAAAAAACAUUUUUCAUCUUAUCAUCAUUUCGGGUUUGAAGCAGCGGCAUGAUAUUGACAUUUUGUGGAUGUUGUUUGACUAUUUUUGUAUAUUUGUAUUUACUGAUUUGGAAAAUAG